GCCAAUAUAUUUUAUCAUUUCUUCGUUUGCCGAAGACUUGGUUACAUGUGCACAUAAUCUGUCAGUGGGUGGUUCAGUCCGUAUAGCAUGUGUAGCAAAGUACAAUCGCCUGUUAUUGAUUCGAAGAAGAAGAGGAGAUUCUUUUCAAGGAGAAACAUGCAGUUGCAUCCUAUCAUGAGAAGAACCCUUACAAAGAUGCAAUCGGUUUACGAGUUUAUAGGUCGUAUAGUGAAGAGAAUUGUGAAGGUGAUUGUUGACUUCAUCGUCCUCAGUUGGCUGACAGUUUAUUACAUUACCGAAGCAAUCAUUUUGACUCUGACUCCAUCUUUUCUCCUCCCUAAAAGGAGCCUUCGAGAUAAGGUUGUCCUGGUAACUGGAGGAGCUGGUGGAGUUGGCCAAGAACUAACCAUCAGACUAGCAAGGGCUAAAGCGAAAGUGGUUGUGUGGGACAACAAUGAGAAUGCAUUAGAAAAAUUGAAGGAACGUGUGAAAGCAGAGGGAUACGAUGUUAUCACACAACCUGUCGAUAUCACCAACAGAGAUAUCGUUUACAAAUACGCCAAAAUCAUCAAAGAAGACAUUGGUCCAGUUGACAUCCUCAUCAACAACGCGGGAGUGGUUUGUGGCCAAACUCUUCUGGACAUUCCAGACUAUAUGAUAGAAAAAACAUUCAACGUCAACAUUUUGUCACAUUAUUGGACCACAAAAGCCUUUUUGCCUGACAUGAUCAAGAAAGAAAAGGGACAUAUAGUCACUAUAGGCAGCGUUACUGGCAUGCUUGGAACCUAUAAAUGUACUGAUUAUAGCGCAACAAAGCAUGCUACUAUAGGUUUUCACGAAAGUCUUCUAGUCGAACUCAAAACUCAUGGCCACCAUAAAAUUCACAUGACACUAAUAUGCCCAUCAUUUAUAAAUACAGGAAUGUUCGCUGGGUGUAAACCAAAAACUAUGAAGAUGCUUCAACCAAAAGAUGUGGCCAAAAGAAUUGUCACGGCUAUUAGGAAUAGAGAAGUAUUCGUUACUAUGCCAGGAUUUUCCAGAUAUGUUCUUCCCUUGAAAAAUUUCAUUCCUGCAAAAUUGAGUUGGGCCGUUAUGUAUAGACUGAUUCAAGGACCUCAAUCCAUGAUGGGCAUGAGGAAAUUCCAAGAAACUAGAGAAGCGGUGGCUGCAUAAAUAUAGAAAUCUCUCAAUUGCAAUUAACUGUUUUCAAAUUGUUGAUUAUCACUGAACAUAAUUUCAUUUUAUAAUUGUGUAUUAGUUUAAUUUUUAGGUAUUUAUUCAAUAAAGUUACAAUUUUUAUAUUAAAA